AUGGCUACACGUGCGGCACACAAGCGCGCAAGUCCACCAAAUUCCAUGUUGACGCGCGAAUACAAGUCCAUCACCGAGAACCCCCCGCCGUACAUCACUGCCCACCCCUCCGAGUCCAACAUCCUGGAAUGGCAUUACAUCAUCACAGGACCCGAGAACACUCCCUACCACGGCGGUCAAUACUGGGGCACGCUCAUCUUCCCGCCCAACUACCCCUUCGCCCCUCCUGCGAUCCGUAUGCACACUCCUUCCGGCCGUUUCACACCCUCGAGCCGACUAUGUCUCUCCAUCUCGGAUUUCCACCCCAAAUCCUUCAACCCGGCAUGGGAAGUCUCGACGAUCCUCAUCGGCCUACUAUCAUUCAUGACCUCCGAAGAGAUGACAACGGGCUCCGUCUCGGCCACCGAAACGGAACGCAAGUUUCACGCCGCGCGCUCACGAUGGUGGAACUCGACGGGUGGCGGCUCCCAUCUCCGACCAAACGGCGCAGCGGGAAAAGGCAACGUGAAGGCUGGCGAUGGGGGUGCCAAGUUCAGGUCGGAGUGGCCCGAGGUGGACGCUGAGAACUGGAGGUGGAUCAAGGAAAACAACAUUGACCCAGCGACGGGGAACAGGCCGGAGCCGGCGAACGCGUCGUCAUGCGGGCCUCAGCUAGGUAUCGCUGGCAGCAGCGGUGGUCAGGCUCACGCUGUUGUGGACGUGGUUAUGCAGCAAAGAGAUGCGGGUCAGGGGUGGAUGUCGAGGCAUAAGUGGCUGCUGGCGGGAUCCUUUUUCUUCUUUUACGUAUUGAUGGUGAGGAUCUUUGGCGAGGCUUGAGGGAUGAAAAAUCCUGGGAGGGGGGGACUAGCAAGCAGAAGGAACGAUCACUAUCAGCGAAGGAUACCCUGCAUUAUCCGACAAUACCACCGAACAUCCGAAUCGAACUUGGGUCGCGGCCGUCAGUCAGUGGAUUGUUGGAGGUCAAGACGUCCAUUUAUUGCAAUAUGGAAUACGGUUUUCUUCUAUCAUAUUUAUAUAUACAAGCAUCGGCGUUUCGGGAGAAGGGGGGGCAGUGGAGGCCGUGGAUAGGAUCGUUAGCGUACGUGAUCAUCACGGGCAUCAUCAGCGUUGGACAUACAGGCAGGCAAGGCGAGAAGAAAGAGACCACAACGUAAUUGCAAUUUCCAACAAUACCAAAACCAAGACCAAGACCAAGAGCAAAAGUGAAAGGGUUCCCAGAGCAAAUAUGUACCGGAGUUGGACUGGAGAACUGGAGCAUGAGCGCAGUUCAUCACGUGUGUGACUUGAGCAGAACGAGAGGAUUGGUGGGAUAGGAUUGAAUGAAUGGAUUGCCC